CGCAGCCGCGCAGUGUAAAGCAGUUUGACCGUAUUCGUCCUUGGCCAAGACUUCAAUGCCCUUCGCGAUCAAAGGCUCCACAAGUCUGACAUGACCGGCCUCAACGGCCACCUGGAGCGCCGUCCUUCCGGCUUGUUCAGUUGCGGAGAUAUCGGCCCCAUGAUCAGGAGCACGAGAACCAAAGCCUCUUCGUCCACUUCGACAGCUCGGUGCACGGGGGUUCCGCCUAAUCCCUCCCACCGGUCAUGGUCAUCAUCAUCGUAUUCGUCUUCGUCCUCGUCAUCCUCAUCCUCAUCGUCUGUGUGUUCGUCUAUGUUUUUGUCUUCGUCUGUGUAUUCUUCUGCGUCUUCGUCUUCGUCUUCAUAUUCGUCUCUGUCACCGUCCCCGACCGCUCCUGCGCGGAUGAGCAGGGGCACGACAGAUUCGUGUCCGUUCUCGGCGGCCAUGUGCAAUGGUGUUCGCCUCCCAUUCGACUCAGGUGCUACCACGACUCCCUCCUGCAGCAGCAAGCGGACCACUCGAGUAUGGCCACCCGCUGCGGCCAAAUGAAGGGGGUUGCUCGCCUCUCCGACAUUGCGUUUGCGUCUACCCCAACAGCUAGCAAGGCCUCCGCAAUCUCGAAGAGGCCUGACGAGGCGGCGGCGUGUAACCGAGUUCAGUUCGGAGCCAUAGCGUCCAUGAAAUGACGGCCGAAUCUGACCUGCUUUUCGUCGGCGGUCUGGUGGGCGCUCUGAAUGCUGAUGUUGUUGCUUAGGUAUUCCAAGGCCAGCUCGCGAAUGUCAUCCUCCGUUACGUCGCAUACGAGAUCGCCCCAGUACCUGCCGGCGUACCUCAGAAAUGGAUAGUUACCUAGUCG